GACAACUAGCAAGUAGCGAGGUUUGAGCGAGCAAGAAGUUAGAGCGAGCUGCCGAUACAUGGGCUGUCUUUUUGCUCAGUUAUAGUUAAGCUAUAAAAUGCCGGAAAUAUAUGCUGAUAGGAGCAGACGAAAACUAAGUUAAAGAAUAAUAGCAAUUCUUACGUUUAGUCGUAGGGACUCUAUGUGGAUUUUACAGAAAAUAUGAGGCAAUUACCCGGUGUCUCUACGGGAAAAUUCAUCCUCCUCGUCGCAUACUGGAUUAAGCUUUCGGAGGCUCUGCAGUGCGUGGCCCAACAGAAGCUCUGCGUGAAUGGAAACUGCAUCUCCUUCAAUAACGGAACAGGAUACUGCAAGUGCAGUCCUGGCUUCCUGGGGGAGUACUGCCAGUACGUGGACCCCUGCACAACGGGCUACUGUCUGAACGGGGGCAGCUGCAGCGUGCGCGGGGCAGGGGCAGGCAUACCCGUGUGCUCCUGCCCCCUGGCCUUCACCGGGCCUAAAUGCCAGAUGCCCUUGAACUCCCUGUGCCACCCCAAAAACCCCUGCCAGCACCACGGGGAGUGCACCCUGCUGUCCCAGGACCAGUACCAGUGUCGCUGCACCCAAGGGUGGACCGGUGAUAAAUGUCAGUGGAGAGAUGGUUGCGCGUCCAAUCCGUGCCGUAAUGGGGGCGUCUGCACCCCGGGGCAGGAGGGUAAGCCCAUCUGCAAGUGUAGCGCUGGGUUCGACGGCCGGCGCUGUCACCUGGACGUGGACGAGUGUGCCCGGGAGUCCGUGUGCCAGAACGGCGGUGUUUGUGAAAACACGCCUGGGUCCUACCACUGUAACUGCACCAGCGGGUUCACCGGCAGCCACUGCCAGAGCAUCUACAUGCCCUGCUCCCCCUCCCCCUGCCACAACGGGGGCACCUGCCAGCCCACCUCCAAGACCAGCUAUCAGUGCCACUGCCUCCAAGGCUUCGACGGGAACGUCUGUCAGAACAACGUGGACGACUGUCCUGGUCACCAUUGUGAGAACGGGGGCACCUGUUUGGAUGGGGUCAAUACCUACAACUGCCAGUGUCCUCCAGAGUGGACAGGUAACUUCUGCACGGACGACGUGGACGAGUGCAGACUGCAGCCCAACGCCUGUCAGAACGGCGGCACCUGCAGCAACUCCCAGAACGGCUACAAGUGCGUGUGCGUCAACGGCUGGAUGGGGCCCGACUGCUCCGAGAACAUCGACGACUGCCUGGCGGCAGCCUGCGGCGAGGGCUCCACCUGCAUCGACCGCGUGGCCUCCUUCGUGUGCCAGUGCCCCAUCGGCAAAACGGGGCUGCGUUGCAACGUGGACGACACCUGCAUGAGCUCGCCGUGUAAAAACGGCGGGGCCUGCGACUCCAACCCCUUGACCGGCAUGUUCAACUGCAAAUGCGCCCAGGGCUACAGAGGAGCCACCUGUGAUGACGAUGUGGAUGAGUGCAAGAUAGCCUCGGACCUGUGCGAGCACAACGGUAAAUGUAUCAACACGGUGGGCUCCUUCAGCUGUAACUGUACCCCUGGUUACGGGGGCCCGCGCUGUGAGCUGGACAUCAACGAGUGCAACUCGUCCCCCUGCCGGAACGGGGCCACCUGCCUCGACCAGAUCGGGGAGUACGCCUGCUUCUGCAUGUCAGGGUUCACUGGGGUGCACUGCGAGACAGACGUCAACGAGUGCGACAGUUUGCCCUGUCUCAAUGGUGGGACCUGCCAGGACCACGUCAACCAGUUCUCCUGCCAGUGUCAGCCAGGUUUUGGCGGGAAGACGUGUGAGAUGGACAUCGACGAGUGCGCCAGCACGCCGUGCCUGAACGGCGCUCGCUGCGUGGAUCUUCCCUCCGGAUACGACUGCGAGUGCGCUGAAGGCUUCACGGGGAAGCGGUGUGAGGAGAACGAGGACAACUGCAUCCCGGAGCCGUGCCACCACGGGGUCUGUAGGGACGGCAUCGACACCUACACCUGCGACUGCCACCGCGGCUACUCCGGGCCCAAGUGCGAGCACGUCGUCCGCAUGUGCGACAGCGCCCCCUGCCAGAACCACGGGCACUGCGUGGAAACGGCCGGCCAGUACCGCUGCGACUGCCUGCCUGGCACUGCAGGUGUGAACUGUGAGAAAAAUGCAGAUGACUGUGCGAACAGCCCGUGCGUGUACGGUGUGUGUAAGGAUGGUAUCAACAAGUACACAUGUAUCUGCAACCCAGGAUACACAGGCGAGAGGUGUGACGUGGAGAUAAACGAGUGCAGCUCCAGCCCCUGCCUGAACGGGGGGGCGUGUGAGGACCGGCUGAACGGGUUCCACUGCGUGUGCCCGUCUGGCACCCACGGGCCACUGUGCCGCACCGGGGCUGACCUGUGCGUACCCUGGCCCUGUGUCCACGGGGAGUGCGUGGAGCUCCAGGACAGGUACCGCUGUGACUGCGACCCAGGCUGGAUGGGUCAGCACUGUGACCUGGAGCGGGACAAGUGCCAGUCCAACCCCUGCCAGCAUGGCGGAAAGUGCCAGGACCUCAGCAACGGCUACGUCUGCCGGUGCAGCCCGGGGUUUGAAGGAGGGAACUGUGAGAUCAACAUAGACGAGUGUAAAGCCAACCCCUGUCUGAACCGAGGCUCCUGUGUGGAUGGAGACAAUGCCUACACCUGCAACUGCACCCUGCCCUACACAGGGACACGCUGUGAGGUGGAGCUGGCACCCUGUGCAACACAGCCAUGUGAAAAUGGAGGCGCGUGCCACCCCUCUCCUGACUACACAUUUUACAGCUGCCAGUGUGCCACUGGAUGGCAAGGUCCACGGUGUACUCAGGAUAUAAAUGAGUGCAGUACCCGUCCCUGCCAGAAUAGGGCGUACUGCAUCAACAGACCUGGUAGCUACACGUGCAAGUGUCUGCCUGGAUACACCGGGGUCAACUGUGAGACCAAUGUUGAUGACUGCACCCCUAACCCCUGUCUGAACGGGGGCAGCUGUGUGGACCGCGAGGCGGGGUUCGUGUGCAUCUGCCAGGCCGGGUUCGAGGGCCCUCACUGCGAGGCGGAGGUGGACGAGUGCGCCAGCCGGCCCUGCCUCAACGGGGGCCGGUGCCAGGACUUCGUCAACAGCUUCGUGUGCCAGUGCCCGCGCGGCUUCGACGGCGUCCGCUGCCAACGCAACGUCCCAGAAUGCACCGAGAGCUCCUGCCUGAACAACGGCACCUGUGUGGACGGCAUAAACAGCUUCUCCUGCCACUGUCGGCCUGGCUUCAUCGGGAAGUACUGCCAGUACGAGAUCAACGAGUGUGCCAGCCGGCCCUGCAGGAACGGGGGCGUCUGCACCGACGGCCUGGACGCCUACCACUGCACCUGCCCCGUGCAGUACACCGGCCCCAACUGCCAGCACCCUGUGAACCCGUGCAGUCCGAACCCCUGCCAGAACGAGGGGAAGUGUGUUCAGAGUGGGGCUUCCAGGAAGUGCAGCUGCUCUAUUGGCUGGACUGGGCUGGACUGUGACAUCCCCAAUCUGUCCUGUCAGGCCAUGGCUGCCCGCAAGGGUGUGCAGGUGGACAAGGUGUGCCAGAACGCCGGCCGCUGCAUGGACAAGGGCCUCUCUCACCGCUGCGACUGCAAGCCCGGCUACACCGGCAGCUACUGCCAGGAGACGGUGGACGAGUGCCGGUCCAACCCCUGCCAAAACGGAGCCACCUGCGUGGACCAGCUGGAAGGAUACAACUGCAAGUGUAAAGAUGGCUACCAGGGGGUGAACUGCCAGUAUGAUCUGGAUGAGUGCCUGUCCCACCCCUGCCAGCACGGGGGCACCUGCAUCAACCUGGUCAACCGCUUCGCCUGCGUCUGCCUCCCAGGAACACAAGGUCCCCGGUGCGAGGUGGACGUAGACGAGUGCGACCCGGCCCUGGCCCCUGAGGGCCCGCGCUGUCUGAACGGGGGCCAGUGUGUGGACGGGCUGGGCCGCUUCACCUGCUCCUGCCCGCCGGGCUUCACGGGGGAGUACUGUGAGGGGGACAUCAACGAGUGUCUGUCCCAGCCCUGCAGCGCCCCCGGCACCCUGGACUGUGUGCAGCUGCCCAACGACUACCAGUGCCGCUGCCGCCUGGGCUACACGGGGCGACACUGCGCGCUGAUGGUGGACCUGUGUCAGUCCAGGCCGUGUCACAAUGGGGGUGUGUGUUCCAUGAACAGCAGCUCGGUGCACGGGUACACCUGUGCCUGCAAGCUGGGCUUCUCUGGCUUCAGCUGUGGGGAGCUGGAGAGGUACACCUGUGCCCACCUGCGCUGCCAGAACGGCGGGCACUGCAAGGAGACAGCAGGGCGCGUGCCCCAGUGCCUCUGCCCGCCCGGUUUCCAGGGCUCCCGCUGCGAGGUGGCCCAGGCCUGCCAAUCCCGGCCCUGCCAGAACGGCGGGGUCUGCCUGGGGCACCCCGGCGGCCCCGACCACUACACCUGCCGGUGCCCCGCCCGCUUCUCGGGGCAGCGGUGCGAGAUUGUGACGGGUCUGGACACUUCGGUCAAGGGCUCCUCCUGCUCCCACGAGCAGUGCGUCCAGCGUUCAGGGGACGGCGUGUGCGACCCGCAGUGCAACAAGCACGAGUGCGACUGGGACGGGGGCGACUGCUCUCUGCGCCGCCCCGACCCCUGGAUCAACUGCACCGCCCCCGUGCCCUGCUGGAACCUCUUCCACAACGGCCACUGCGACCCCGAGUGCGACAAUCCCAGCUGCCUCUUCGACAGCUUCGAGUGCCAGGCCGCCAGCGACCCCUGCAGGUACAACAAGUACUGCGCCGACCACUACAGCAACGGGCACUGCGACCCCGGCUGCAACACGGAGGAGUGCGGCUGGGACGGGCUGGACUGCGCCGGCGGCCGGGCGGAGGCGCUGAUGGAGGGCACCCUGGUGGUGGUGGUGCGUCUGCAGCCCGAGGAGCUGCUGGAAGACCUGCAGGCCUUCCUGCGCUCGCUCAGCCUGCUGCUCCGCACCAACCUCCGCGUCAAGAGGGACGCCCACGACAGAGCCAUGGUGCUGCCCUACUACGGCCCCGAGGGGCCGGGCCGGGGCCAGGAGCACAGGGCCAAGCGGGAGCAGGGCAAGGAGGUGAUCGGGUCCACAGUGCACCUGGUGAUUGACAACCAGCAGUGUGUGCAGGCCAGGAAGGAUUGCUUCUCCAACAUGGAACAGGCGGCCUCCUACAUCGCUGCCCAGCACAUCAGAGCCGAGCUGCCCUACCCCCUGGUCUCUGUAGACAGCACUCCUGUGGAACCAAAGCCCUCGUUCAUGCUCUAUACGGUCGCCGCGGUGGUGGGCGUCAUGGUUCUGCUCUUUCUGCUGGUUGGCGUGCUGGCCGUCAAACGCAAGCGCAAGAGCGCCCCCCUGUGGGUGCCCGAGGGCUUCUUCCUCAAGGACCGCAAACGCAGGGAGCCCCUGGGGCAGGAUGACUUGGCCAUGAAGAACCUUGUGAAGUUCAAAGACGGAGAGAUGGUCAACAGCAGCCAACACCAGUGCUGGCUGGAGGAGAGCUCCCAGCCCAAGAAAAUGAAGAUGGAGGACAAUCCCCUGCUGCCUGUGGGGGUGGACGGGGCGGUGGUGGACUGCAGAGAGUGGACCCCGCAGCACCACAAAGCGGCCGACAUCCCCCUGACCCCGCCCCAGUGCCAGCCCGAUUCUGACUGCCUGGACGUGGACGCCAAAGGGCCAGACGGCUACACGCCCCUGAUGCUGGCCUCCCUGCGGGGGGGCGGGGCCCAGGAGUGCUGUGGCCUGCUGGGGGAUGAGGAGGAGGACAGCGGGGGGGAGGAGCCGGGCCCGUCCGUCAUCACGGACCUGAUCGCCGGGGGGGCCUCGCUCAUGCCGCGGACGGACCGCACGGGGGAGACCGCCCUGCACCUGGCGGCUCGCUACGCCCGCUCGGACGCCGCCAAGAGGCUGCUGGACGCCGGGGCGGACGCCAACGCGCACGACAGCAUGGGCCGCACCCCCCUGCACUCCGCUGUGGCGGCCGACGCGCAGGGCGUCUUCCAGAUCCUCCUGAGGAACCGAGCGACGGAGUUGGACGCCCGGAUGAAUGACGGCACCACGCCCCUGAUCCUGGCGGCUCGCCAGGCGGUGGAGGGGAUGGUGGAGGAGCUGGUGCACUGUCACGCCGACAUCAACGCCGUGGACGACCAUGGGAAGUCCGCCCUGCACUGGGCAGCAGCCGUCAACAACAUAGAGGCAACCCUGGUGCUGCUGAAGAACGGAGCCAACAGGGACAUGCAGGACAACAAGGAGGAGACGCCCCUGUUCCUGGCGGCGCGGGAGGGCAGCUACAAGGCGGCGCAGGUCCUGCUGGACCACUACGCCAACCGCGACAUCACGGACCACAUGGACCGGCUGCCCCGCGACACGGCUCAGGAGCGCAUGCACCACGACAUCGUGCGUCUGCUGGAGCAGUACAACCUGGUUCACAGCCCCCACCUGAGCGCGGGCCCCCUGCACCCCACGCUGGCCUGCGGGGCCUUCCCCCAGGGCAAGAAGAGCAGGCGCGGGGGCCCCAAGGCAGCGGCGGCGGGCGGGGCCGCCAAGGAGCUGAAGGACACCAAGGCCAGGCGGAGGAAGAAGCCUGCCGGAGGGGAGGGGCCUGUCGCCGAGGGCGACGGCGGGGGCGGAGCCGGCGGCGCCGCGAAGGCGGGGGGGCUGUCGGAGAGCUCGGUCACGCUUUCCCCCGUCGACUCGCUCGAGUCUCCCCACGCUAACGGGAGAGAGGCUGUCGGUGGCGGCGGUGCUGGAGCUAACAUGGCCUCCUCGCCCACGAUGCCGGGCGGUCAGCCUGCCCACGGGCCGGUCCUCCCGCCUGUCAAUCACAUGCUGGGGCAGCAGGGGUGGGCGGAGCACCCCCAGCACGGCUACAUGGGCCGGGGGUUCGGGCUCCUGCCGCACCAGCUCGGCAUGCUGCACCCCGGGGCCCCUCAGAGGCGCCAGUCCCACCCGGCCGGGCCCUUGAACCACGAGCAGCUCCCUCCAAUCAUCAGCUUCCAGAUGAUGGCUCCGCCCGCGCAGGACCAGGGCCAGCCCCGCCCACAGCAGGGCCAGUCCCACCUGCUCCGGGCUCAGGGCGGCCUCAUGUACCCGCCGACCAAAAUGGGCCCCCACUCCCUGUCCCACCCCCUCCCCUACAUGCACGCCCACGCCCUCCCCCACGCCCACGGGCUGCCGGCCUACCAGCAGAGCCCCGUGGAUAAGUACCCCACCCCUCCCUCCCAGCACAGCUACACCCCGGCCGGGUCAGAGGGGGCCACCCCCGGUCACCCUCCACACCCGCCGGGCGAGAACCCUUACCUCACCCCCUCCCCGGAGUCCCCCGACCCCUGGUCCUCAUCCUCGCCCCACUCCAACUCGGACUGGUCCGACGUCACCACCAGCCCCACCCCGCAGGGGAACGUCCAUGGCCCGGCCCCGGUCGGACGCUCCCAGCUCCCCGAGCAGCAGGCCCAGAGGGAGGAGCAGAAGGCCCAGGGCCUGCACAGCGGGAUGCAGGCGUAUGCUUAGGGACGGUCCUCCUGGUCCUUCACCGCCUCUCACUCCUACUACAGCUGGCCCACGAACAGCACCUUCUUGCCCACUCUCAUUCAGCUCCUGCCACUCAUAAACAGCCUCAGAGAUCACUGUCACGCUAUAUGUUACCCCCAUGCAUGGCUCCGAGAAAUAUAUGGUAUACAUACAUUUAUCGAACCUUAAAUCACUAAGUCCGCUGGUUGGUUUCUAAGCUGUUUCUUUUGCAAAUGUUCUCACUUGUUGUUUAGCUCUUUACUGUUUGGGGACAUGUUUUUAUGUCUUAAAAAAGUAACGACAGUCUUGUCCUUUGAGGAAAAUAAGAGACUGAGACACAUGGACAAAAUGGACAUUGGACAGAGAAGACAUCCAUUCUGGUCUGAUUUCUUUUUUCACUCAGGCAGGGAAAUACGCUUGUAAGCUCCAAAGGUACAUGAGAUGAUCAUAAGUUGUUUUUGUUACAUAGUUAACAGAAUAGUCUUCAGUAUUUGUUCUGUUGUGGUUCAGGCCUGUUUUUGGGGAAAAAUUGUUGUCGCAAUGAUGCCAAAAACAAAUGUUACGUUUUUGUUACUAGCAGAGUGUUGGCGACUCCUGUUUUGGGAAGCUGACACUGCGUGUGCUAUUCCCAGCUGAAGUGGAUCACCUGGAAGCGUCUGACUUUCAAAAGCACAUGCCUGCCUCCCUUGUUACGGUUCAAAGGUUAACUGUGGUUUACAAUGGGUCAUUUUAAACACUGCGCCUUGCUCUGUUAAACCAGAGAACAAGGGCAUGUUGUGCCACGGUGUGCUGAUGGUCUGCAGUGGUCUCAAAAUUAUAUAGAUGGAGACACAACUGAUACACCCGACAUCCUCCGUGUCAGACCGGAAUCUCACUUACCCCCCCCCCCCAGAUCCCAGCAGUCACCACUAUCUUUUGGUAUAAUUCUGUACAAUUUUAAACCCAUGUCAGCACUUUGAAUAUGUGCACUACAUCCCACAGGACUUCUUCCACAAUCAUGCAUUUCCAGGUUUGUACAAUUGCAAAAAAAAAAAAUGUGCUUCAGAGAGCUAGGGGAGAGAAAUGACUGUCCAGAUGUCAGUGUUACAUUAACUGCACCUCGAGUAGUUGUCUGAAAGAAACUCGGGGGAAAGUGUGGCUUGAUAUGCCAAAAAUUAUCAGAUAUCCUUGUCCAGAGUACAUGGUUUGUAUUUUAUUUUGUGUGCCAAUCAAACCCUUUUUGGGGGUUUAUGAUGAAAGUAUUGUAUGAUCUCCAUAAAAAAGGGUGUAUAUGGAUGUGUGCAUGCGUGUUAAUAUUGUCAUGGAUGGACUUUUUUCUUCUUUUUUUUCAGAGGAGGCCCUUACUAUAGGUGUCUGUAAAGUGAAUGUUCUGUGUUUUGUUUCAGGGUUCUUUUGGAACCAAAAGAGCAACCCUCACAAAUUUGGAAGAGUGGGGGUAGCUCUAUGUAAAUGGUACUAUCAGCAACCACGAUGUUUUUCUGAAUAUGGCACUGUUUAUCGCAGAUAAGAUCUGUAAACGUAUACUCUUGGUAAAGUUUAAUCACCACUAUUAAUAUUAUUGUUGUCACUUCUAUUUCUUGACGUGAACAGCAUUGCUUCUUUUUACAUAUUUCAUCAGUGUGACUGGUACUGUUCGUGCUUUGAGUUUCUGUAAACUGUAGCAUGCUUUAUAUUAUUGUUGUUUUUUUUGUUUUGUUUUUUAUCACAUUUGAUACAUUUUUGUGCUCAAGUCUUAACUGCUUUUUUAUAUAUAAAACCAGGUCUGAA